AUGGCGCCCGAGAUUGACUUUUUGGCGGGGGAUGCGGACCUCGUGUCUGCGAAGCCCCCCAAGAGCCAGGGCCGCCAAGGAGACGACAGCGACGAUGAUGUGGCGUUUAUUGCUGCGGCCUCGCAGCGCCAUAACGUCAAGGCCGGCGCCGAGGUGGCGAAACAGGCGAGCAAAGGCAAGAAAGCCAAGACCGCCAGCGGCAUCGUGAGUGGCGGCGGCAGCUUUCAGAGCAUGGGCCUGCACCCGUCGCUUUUGCGCUCGCUUCUUUUGCGUGGAUUCACGACGCCGACGCCGAUCCAGCGGCGGGCGAUCCCGGCGAUCCUCGCGCAGCCAUCGCAAGACGUCGUCGGUAUGGCGCGCACUGGUAGCGGCAAGACGCUCUCGUACAUGGUACCGCUCAUCCAGCGCCUCAACGGCCGGCACUCGACGACGUUUGGCGUCAAGUCCGUGAUUUUGUGCCCGUCGCGCGAGCUGGCGAUGCAAAUCCUCAAGGUCGGCAAAGACAUUGCGCGUGGCUGGCGCUCGGACGACGAGGCAAAGAGCGAGGCGAUCCGCUGGGCGCUCAUCGUCGGUGGUGAGUCGCUUGACCAGCAGUUUGCCAUGAUGGCUGGCAACCCCGACGUGGUGAUUGCCACGCCGGGUCGUCUGCUGCACCUGGUGGUCGAGAUGAAUAUGGACCUCAAGGCGGUCGAGUACGUGGUCUUUGACGAGGCCGACCGCUUGUUCGAGAUGGGCUUUGCCGAGCAGCUCGAAGAGCUCCUGCGCCGCCUUCCACCGACGCGCCAGACGCUGCUGUUUAGUGCGACGCUGCCUAAAACACUGGUCGAGUUUGCGCGCGCGGGUCUCGAGGCGAAUCCGAAGCUGAUUCGUCUCGACGCCGACAGCAAGAUCAGCCCUGAACUGCGCAUGACCUUUUUUAGCGUGAAGCCGUCGGAAAAGGACGCGGCACUCCUUCUCCUCCUCCGCCACGUUAUUAAUGUGCCGAUCGGCGAGGUGGGCGACGCGGCCUACGACGAGUACGAGGACGAGGACGUGGAGGACGACGAGGACGACGAGGAAGACGACCAGGGCAAGCGCAAGCGCAAGGCGCCCAAGCGCCACAACAAGCGGCGAAAGAAUGCCGUGACGGAGCUCAAGCCCUACCAAACAAUCAUCUUUUGCGCGACCAAGCACCACGUCGAGUACCUCUUGCUGCUCCUCUCGACGAUCGGCUACGCGUGCUCGCACAUCUACUCGUCGCUCGAUCAGACGGCCCGUGCGAUUCAAAUGAACCGCUUCCGCAACGGACGCACGUCGCUUUUGAUCGUCACGGAUCUGGCGGCACGUGGUAUCGACUUGCCGGUGCUCGAGCAUGUGGUGAACUACGACUUUCCGCCGCAGCCGCGCAUCUUCGUGCACCGUGUCGGUCGUACAGCGCGUGCCGGCCGUCGGGGUUGGGCAUGGAAUCUGUGCACGCACACGGAGCUGCCGUACCUCUGCGAUCUGCAGCUGUUCCUCGCGCGCCCGCUUGUCUCGGCGCACACACAGACCAGCGACGGCGCGCUGGACCUGCACAACAAUAUGGUGCUCGGAACGUUUCCGCGAGACGAGCUCGACAAUGAGGUCGAGAGCGUGCAGCAGGCGAUGCACGAAUCGUCGAGUGUCGCGACCGCCUACGAUUCGCUGGUCGGCGUUGUGAAGCGCGCGCACAACAUGUACACCCGGUCACAGCCCAAGGCGAGCGCUGAAAGCUUCCGGCGCUCCAAGGACAUGCUCAAGGACGCCGAGCGGAGCUCCAUGACGGGAAAUGCCGCGCAGGGCUGGGCCUUGGCCGGCCAUCCGCUCGAAGCGGCGGGCGUGCACGACGUGCUCAAGCGCCCGAGCGUGUACCGCCUCGGCACUGGCGAUGCGGACCUGCAGAAACCGCACGACGACGAGCUGUCCGCCGCGCGCGCUUCGCUCCUGGCCAAGGUAAAUGCGUUCCGCCCGGGCGAGACCGUCUUUGAGAUCGGAACACGUGGCCCGAAUGCGCCGCUCGCGCAGCUCAUGCAGGACCGCCGGCGCACGCUGGACGGAAAGCAGCGCCGCGCGAAGCUCAUUGAGGAUGCCAAGCAAACCACGCAGCCUGUGCAGGAGGCGACCGAGGAAGGCGAGACACUCAGCGAUGCCGACGAGGCAGCCAUCGAAGAAGUGUUUGAUACCGGUAAAAAGUCCUUCCGUGACCCCAACUUUUACAUGGGCUACGAGCAGCAGGGUGCGGACGAGGAUCGCGGCUACGCGCUCAACAACGGCAACUUUGCUCAGCAGGCACGCAACGUCACGGUGGACUUGGGCGGUGACGAGCUUGGGCCCGGCCAUGCCAACCAGCGCCCGAACCAGUCCCGCUGGGAUACCAAGAAGAAGAAGUUCAUCAAGGGCGACGGAACGGGCGCUGACAACCAAAAGCUGAUCCGCACCGAAACCGGCCUGAAGCUUCCUGCCUCCUUCCGUUCGGGCCGCUACGACGAGUGGCGCAAGGAGCAGCGCGUGGACAUGCCGCGCGUCGGCGAGGACGAGUCGGCCGCGCCGGCCUCGGUGCGCCGCGUCUCUGCUGCACUCCACGAUGGCGUGGGUAUGCAGCACCGUCGCGGUUUCCGCCACACACAGACCAAGGCGCCGAAGCCGCUCGACAAGCGCCAGCACGACUACCACAAGAAGCUCAAGCAGCGCGAGCGCCGCAGCACCGACAGGCCGCAGCAGGCCCGCAGCGAGCUCAAGAGUGCCUCGCAGAUCCACCGCGAGCGCCAGACCAAGGCCAAGCGCAUGGAGAAGAAUGCGCGUCCUUCGCGGCGCAAGAAGAACUAG